UUGUAGGCAGACACUGAGGAGAGAGAAGCAGGACGGAAAAUACAACAAGUGAGUGAACUGUUGCUCUGCAAAUAAAGUCGCCCUGCACCGGGAUUUGUGCACGUCUCAAGUCUGCAAAAGUAACUCGUCAGAAUAUGUAAUUUCACUUGCAGGAGCGCUACGAGACUUUGAGUUGUAGCAUGUUAUUGUUACUCUUUUAAAGGGAAGAAAAAAAAUCCUCCGCGUCUGCUCGGACUGCCUGCCUUGAAGCAUUUUUUGUGGACAGCUGCUGUCCGGCCACCGCGCAGGAGUCCUGAACGAGAUGCUGCAAGUUCAAAUAUUAGUGUGAUCUUCUUUUUUUUGCUGCAACUUCACCCGAUGCGACAGUGGAGGCGCUCAGUCAGUCUUUGGAGGAUUUCAUUCCGGUCCUGGACCAAUUUUUCCUGCGGCGUUUCCAUCUGAACCCGCAGCAUGAAAAGACACUGAACACCGCGGGUAGAAAGGAAAGAGGGAAGGGAAGAGAAAAAUCUGGAUUGCAAGAGAUUCAGUGAUUUGCUGUGAUGCUGUGAUAAAAUGUUUUCAGCUUUACCCAAGCUACCUUUAAAACAAGAGUUUCCCCGCUCAGCACAAUUUGGCCUGCCCUUUCCUCAGAAUUUGCCUUUUUAUGACCUGUAACAAAUCUGUGCUUUGAAUGGAGGAUAGACUGCUGAGAUAAAUCAGAUCCAGGCUCCUUUUAACUACAAGUAUAUAGAGAGGUGUGAGCCCAUCAACAAAAAUACACACAAGCAAGGGAGGAAGGAAGGAAGAUUUAGCAGUUUCCUUCUCUUCUCAUUCCUGGACAGACAAGUAAAGCGCCCUUCCCUGUAUGUGGUGGGUGAGAUGAACUCCAGUGGGAAUACUGUAGACCCCACCUGACAGCUCUCUGCCUGAGCAACUGAAAGCCUUUCACUGGAACUUCCACAAUUACAGAGCUGGAUUUCAAAAAAUGAAAGCAUUGGCCUAAAAUCCUAACAUUUCAAAGGUGAUGCUCAUUUUUGACAAAGACAUUUCAAAUAUUUCAUAUUUUUGGCUUGCAGAGUGAGGUACUAUCUCUAAAUAUCCUAGGUUUAAAGCCCCCAGACAUGGUGAGCCAGAGAAACUAAAAAAUAAAAGGAGACAAAACAAAUGUACUGAACAUCAAGAAAUGGAAAAAUGUAUGUCAUUCUCCCCCAGACUGUUGAUUUUUUUCCUGCUCCUGUCUGAGACUUGCCGGUCCCGCUCCUAGAAUAGCCCCCAUUUCUUUUCUCUGCCCCGCACAAUCACACAUUUUCGCCUUUCACCCUCUCGAUACAGUAGUUACUUUUCUCCCCAGAGUUCAGCCUGGCUGGCACAACCAUUCCAGCUAAGGGGGAGGAGGACUUCCUCACGCUGGCCGCCUCCCGGCUCAGCCGCAAGAAACGUGUCAUUGGGGCUGGAGUUGGCGUGGCCAUGGUCCUGGUCCUACUGGUGGCCAUUCCCCUAUUGGUCCACACCACCAAAGGGGGAGGGUCCGGAGGAGGGGGCACGCAUUACGACAUGCUCGGGAGCUGCAAGAUGGUGUGUGACACUUUAACCCCCCCACAGGGAGAGCUGACAGCCGUCUCCCCUCAGCCCCCAGACUUCCCAAACCGCAGGGGAAAACAAGGGUAUAGAGGGAGCCCUGGACUUCCUGGUCCUCCAGGUCCUAAAGGGCCCCCUGGAGAGCCUGGCAAGCCUGGCCCACCUGGUCCACCGGGGCCUGGACCCGGUGGCUAUGGCCCCUCUUUCUACAACCCCAAAAUCGCCUUCUAUGCUGGCCUCCGGAAACAGCACGAAGGGAGCGAAAUACUAAAGUUUGAUGACGUGGUGACCAACGUAGGGAACUACUAUGAGCCGAGCACCGGCAAGUUCACCUGCCCUCUGCCAGGUAUCUACUACUUCACCUACCAUGUGCUGAUGAGAGGUGGUGAUGGGACGAGCAUGUGGGCUGACCUGAAGAAGAAUGGACAGGUGAGGGCCAGUGCAAUCGCUCAAGACGCAGAUCAGAACUACGACUACGCCUCAAACAGCGUCAUCCUGCAUCUGGAUGUGGGGGACGAAGUCUGUGUACAGCUGGACGGCGGCAAAGUUCACGGGGGAAACACCAACAAAUACAGCACGUUCUCUGGAUUCCUCAUCUACCCCGACUGACAGUAUACUCACGUUUAUAUACUCUCUCUCUCUAUAAUCAAGCAAAAAGUUUCCUCUCCUCUAACACGCCAUGCUUCCAUAAUGUAAUUUGUCAUUCCAAUGCUUUCAGUACACAAAACAUAAAAUAACAUGAUCACAGUUAACAAAUAGAGUUUGAGGAGAAUUUGUGUAAAAAUGAAUAUAGUAUUGUAUAUACCACAGGCUAACAUUUACUUAUGAUACACACACCUGUGUGGUCAUUAUUCUGUGCCAUGUACAGUAUGUGUAAGCAUGGCUAAAACACACAAUUAACAUCUGUUUCACAUGCACACAUUCGCUUGUACACGCACACACAGGUGUGCACACUUGGACUGAACUGCUCCUAGUUGUUAAACUGAUGACCGUCUCACCCACCGGUCUGAAAUCGACUGAAAUGAUCUCUGAAUGUAGACUGUAAAUCGAAGUGUGUGUAUUUGGCUGCUGCCUCUCGCCUUCACCAUGAGAUGGAUUUUCAAUAUGGCCGUAGACACCAAACGAGAAAAGUCAUGAAUAUAUUGAUCGCAGCUGAUAUAACAGCCAAACACCAUGAUCACAAUCCAGUGUGCCGUAUGUCUGUGUUCACAGCCGUGUGCAAGCAUAUGUGUGUGUUCACUCUCCCGUUUGUGUUGAGGUGUAAAAAAUCAUUGCGUUGCUGUUAGUUUGACUUGCACUGUCUCUGACUCCUGUUGAGGGAGGGGAGGGGAGGGGAAGGGUGUCAGGUUGUCGGUAACAGUCCCUUAACACACACAGUAUAUCGAUAUUGAGGUUUAGCUUUGAGAUUUUCCCUGAGCCAGAGCUUAUGACAGAGUCUCAUCAUGUCUUGCUAAUGAGCUGAGGCUUUCUCUACACCCUCACUCAAACCAGACAUCCACAGUCUGUAGUACGGUGAAUAAGACUUAAAAAAAAUAGUUCAGCAUUUUGGAAAAUUCGCUCAGCUGCCAAUUUUUCUUGCCAAGAGUUAGGUGAGAAGGUUGAUACCCCUGCCAUGUCUGACCUUGUGGGAAAAUGGGAAGGUGGAGUGAAAAGAUGUCUGUCAUUAGCCUUAUUUCUAUCAACAUAUUUUUAUGCAUAUGCCACUAAAAAAAUUUGCUUCAAAAUUUGCUUGACAAUUAUAUGAAAACAUGACUACUCACUCUUGACACUCAGUUGUGUCAAGAAUGAAAAAAGAGAGAGUUUAAAAUCUGAGCUCCUUUCUCACCUCUGCACAGCUUGCUAAUCCUGGGAUAAAGUAAACAUGAAUGUCAGAUUGACAGUUUCUGAAAAGAUCUAGGUUGUCAGGGAAGGAGUUUUGGAAAGCUACUCCACCACCUGAGAAGUUCUGAAAAAGCAUACUUACUGCUUAAUGCUAACAUGACACUUGAGACGGGGGGAAACAGCUAGCCUGACUCUAUUGUGAUGUAACAAACUCCACCUACCAGAACCUUUAAAGCUAACUAAUGAACAUUUAUACCUUGUUUGCAGAAGAAUUUAAGGUUUUGCUGGCUGGCAGGUUUUCUUUCCUACGGACAGAGCCUGGCUAGCUGUUUCCCCAUUUCUAGUCUGUAUGCUAAGUUAAGCUAACAGGCUGCCAGUUCCACCUUAAUAUUUACCACACAGACACAAGAGUGGUAUCAAUCUCAUCAUCAACUCUCUGCAAGUAAAUGACUUAGGCUAUUUCCCAAAAUGUCAAACUUCCAUGGAUUUUACUGUGAAUGUAACCACGUGAAGAUGUAUUUGAAAUGCAAGUGACUGUUGUUAAUGUUUUACUGCCAUAUGCCAUACCUAUAGGUUUUUUGUGCCUUACACUUUCUAUUUUAUUUUUAAUGCAUGAGACAGUAUCCCUUGCUGAAUCCAAGCUAUAUGAACAAGCUAAUCCCAUGCAAAACAAACAGCGUUCUGACAGGGAUUUCUGAUGAAAACCUGUCCAACGGUAGGCAGUCCAUGCAAAUGUUGUUACACACUUAAUGAAAUGCAGAUGCUUAACGGAGCACUCUGACUGUGAAUCUUUGUAUGUAACUGGAGGUAACUCACUGCUGUAAAUAAAAGCCUCUUAAAUGGAGACAGAGGUUUGUUCUGUAUGGUGGGAAACACCUGUGGAAAUGAACAACAGAAGCAUGUCACUGUGUAACUCAGAAUUUGCAUACAGAAAAAAUAUAAAAAUAUUGUUGUAACCAAAUUAGCAUAUUUAACAAUUCUAUUUUUUUCAUGAUAUUAUGCUUAGACGGGUUUAAUGUAAAUCUCAAUUUAACACAUCUAUUGUAGUUUAGAAGAAGAGAGCUCUGUAUUGGUCCGAUGUGUGGCAGAGCAGGUCCGGCCCUGAGGCCUGAUAGCAUGACUGUACCCUGAUGAGAUGUGAAUGUGAACUUUCUGAUCAACUUGUCAUUCUUGUGCUGUGAUUUAAAAAAAAAAAAAAAAAAAACAUUCUGACAUUGUGUAUUAUCCUACACAGACAUUCCUGCUGAGUGGCUUUACAUAACCUCUGUGCCAUGCCGCGUCCUACUGUGUGUGUUUUCUGGCGCUGUUACCUUUGUUCAUGAGCAGUGUGGAUUCAUUGUUGUCACUGUACUUUGCAAGCUGAGUUGUGUGUAUUUGUUAUGUAUGAAAUCAACAUAGAUUUUUCUCUGCCCCCGAAGACCACAAAACACAAAUAAAAAAGAAAAUUCAGGAUUA